CGAGCACGCAGCUCUCCAAUGCGCUGCGUUUUACCGAGUACAGUCCUCAAAAGAACCUCCCGAUCGCACACCUUCCAUUGUUUCUCGUCGCUGCUCUCCCCCUACCUAAGCAACGACGAAGAACGAGAAAGACAGAUUUUGCAGCCGCAGCGACGUGCCAGCUGAAAACCACGGAACCAGACUCUCCCCCAAGGGCCUCCGCAGGAGACGAACGACAACCAAGCGCGCAACCCUCUUCGAAUAGGGCUCGCUCACCAGCUCACGUCGAUUGGCUCUGAUAUUAAUUAUAUCACCCUGAUCCUCCCAGAAUCACCCGAGAUGGGGUUUUGGAAUCAGGGAAUCCGCUCGCAGCGGAGCAACUCCCCGUCGCCCUCGCGCCGCUCAUACUACGCCUCGCGCCCGUCCUACUCGCGCAGCGCGUCCUCCUUCUUCUCCGGCUUUGGCGGCGGCGGCGGCUCGUCGUCGCGGCGCGGCCACUCCUCCCGGGCGAGACCGCGGUCCGGCUUCAUCAACCGGAUACGGCGCUUCCUGAGGGAGAUCUACCACUGGAUGCGCCGCAACCCAAUCCGAACGUUCGUGCUGGUCAUCCUGCCGUUGAUCACGGGCGGCGCGCUCAGCAAGCUGCUCGGGACCGUGGGCAUUCGACUCCCGGCCGGGCUGCAGAGGAUGAUGGGCGGAAGAGAGAUGAGCCAGACAACCGAACGAUUCUAUGCCCGGGGCGGCGCGAGAGACUUUGGUGGCGGCAGCGCCUUGCCCGGUAUGGGGGGUGGGAUUGGCAACAGUAUUGGCGCUUUGGCAGGAAUAGCAAAGAUGUUCAUCUGAUUGCUGCGGCAUAAUUGGGGCGACUGUUCUCUUCCAUCUGCUUUGAUUGAGCGAGCAAUGUUGGUUGCAACGAUACAUGGCUGGAGAGCCUUCACAGGGCCAGUCACGUUAAUGUCUGGAACGGAUACGAACAAUGCACAGAAGGACGAUAUUGUCAAAUUAAAAGCAAGCCAUGACAUGAACCUUGGUCGACGAUUCUUCCUCGUAGCUGGGGUCAUCCGACUCGUGCUCGAUAGUAGCAAAAACCUAUUAACACAUGCAAACUCUGC